AUGACGCCGCACUUCCUGGCGAAAAUGAUGGCAUCGCCUUACGCUUCGCCCAGUCCACCGCAGUAUCCAUUGGAGAGAAAGCUGAAAAAGCCCUUGAUGGAGAAACGUCGUCGAGCUCGCAUGAACGAGUGUUUGGAUCAGUUGAAACAUCUCUUAUUACAUAUUUCACCAAAUCACCGUACCAAGUUAGAAAAGGCAGAUAUCUUAGAAAUGACCGUUGCAUAUCUCAAUCAGAUGCAACAUCCACCUUCACCCUCUACAUCAUUCGACAACAAUGCUAUUUAUCAACAGUCUUAUGCAGAAGGUUUCGCUGUAGCUGCCUCAGCUUGUCUAACUUACCUGCAGAAUACUCUACCGCCUAAUGAGUUUGCCCCUCAAGCACAGCAGUUCAGAAUUGGGCUCAUACAGCAUCUUCAGUCUGUGAUGUCGAGUCAUGUGAAUGCAGCAGGUGAAGAUCCAGGAACGGUUCCGCCCCAUCCAGCAAUUUCUUAUCUCCCGACAAACUUCCAAACUCGACCACCGUUAACUGGUACUUAUUUAGCUUCGAAUUACUUAUCAAGUCCGGCUUAUCCAACCACUCCUUGUGUUGUAUAUCAACCGAAUAUUUCUGGACCCUAUGGUAUUCCGGUGUUACGCACAACGGUUCCUACACCCUUGCAAUCAAAUAUCCUUUCUAUUUCGAAAGAUUUGGUACCGCGACCUAUUGCCGUUGUCGGUGCGCAACCCACAUUGUCUGGAUUCUGUAGUAAUCAUCAGGAAAAAUGCGGUGAACAUUCAGAAUCAACAAAAGGAAAUGGAACCAAGGAUAAAAUUAAUGGAUUGGAGGAAGUAGGAACUGUAAGGGAUAUAAAAGUUUGGCGGCCGUUCUGAAAGUAUAUCGAUUUCGACUGCUUGGGCUCGAAUU